AUGACUGACAAACAACGCAGAUCAUCAGGAAAAGAAUCAAAAAGAUGGGGUGUCUAUUACAUUAUUGGAUUAGUUUUCAAGACAUAUUUUGAAAUCAACACUCUGUCUCUAUGCAAAAACAUUCUCCGAGCUGUUGGUGCAAUGAAGGAUCUUAUGCCAUUGGAAGCCUAUCCGAAGGCACAUCAAGUAACCUUUAAAUAUUACACAGGUGUUUUGGCUUUUUUGGAUGAUAGAUUCGACAAGGCCAAUGAAGACCUUACCUUUGCUUUGCAAAAAUGCCCUGUACAAUCACGCAAAAAUCAAGCGUUGAUAUUAACACACCUCAUACCGUUGCGAUUAUUACAAGGAGACUUACCAUCGCAAGAUCUACUAGCUAGGUUUCCACACUUGGAGGAGCUUUAUAGGCCCUUCGUAGAAGCCCUCAAGGAUGGCAAUGUGAAACAUUUCGACGAGGCUCUCGUUAGGGGUGAAAAAAGAUUGGUCGAGAAUGGGACCUAUGGGAUUGUAGAGAGGGUGAGAGAACUGUGCCUUAGAGGUUUAUUCAAGAAAGUGUGGAGUCUCAACGGACAGCAAAAAAUAAUAGAGAUAACAAAAUUCAAGCGAGCUCUGAGCGUCUCCGGAGUAAACAUAGAUAAUGAAGAAGUCGAGUGUUUGCUAGCCGGUAUGAUAUUCAAAGGCUACAUGAAAGGCUAUAUCGCCCAUGCACAGCAGAAGGUCGUACUAAGCGAUGUACUCAACGGAAAAGCACAUCCAUUCCCUAACGUUAAAACUGUAAAUGUACAAUUCCCAUUUUAA